AGCCGAGGAUUCAUUCCUAUAUUUAUGGCUGGAGGAAACUGGACACGAGUUAGUGAGUUUAUUCUCAUGAGCUUCUCUUCUCUGCCAACUGAAAUACAGUCGUUACUCUUCUUGACAUUCCUAAUCAUCUACCUGGUCACCUUAACAGGAAACAGCCUCAUCAUUCUGGUCACCUUGGCUGACCCCAUGCUCCACAGUCCCAUGUACUUCUUCCUCAGGAACUUGUCCUGCUUGGAGAUUGGCUUCAACCUAGUCAUUGUGCCCAAGAUGCUGGGCACCCUGCUUGCCCGAGACAUGACCAUCUCCUUCCUUGGUUGUGUCACUCAGAUGUAUUUCUUCUUCUUCUUUGGAGUUGCUGAAUGCUUCCUCCUGGCCACCAUGGCAUAUGACCGCUAUGUGGCCAUCUGCAAUCCCUUGCACUACCCAGUCAUCAUGAACCAAAGGACACGUGCCAAGCUGGCUGUUGCCUCCUGGUUUCCAGGAUUCCCUGUGGCUACAGUGCAGACCACAUGGCUUUUCAGCUUUCCAUUCUGUGGCACCAACAAGGUGAACCACUUCUUCUGUGACAGUCCCCCUGUGCUGAAGCUGGUGUGUGCUGACACAGCACUAUUUGAGAUCUAUGCGAUUGUGGGGACCAUCCUGGUCGUCAUGACACCCUGCUUGUUGAUCCUGUGUUCCUACACUCGCAUUGCUGUUACCAUCCUCAAGAUUCCAUCAGCUAAGGGGAAGCAUAAGGCCUUCUCUACCUGCUCCUCCCACCUCCUCGUCGUCUCCCUUUUUUAUGUAUCUUCAAGUCUCACCUACUUCCGGCCUAAGUCCAAUAAUUCCCCAGAGAGCAAGAAGAUGCUGUCCUUGUCCUACACUGUUGUGACUCCCAUGUUGAACCCCAUCAUCUAUAGUCUGAGAAACAAUGAGGUGAAGAAUGCCCUUAGCCGGACCUUCCGCAGGGCCUUUGGCCGUAGAACUUACAUCCCAUAGACAUUCAGACAUAAGAUUGAAGUUUAUUGAAUGGGGAAUCAGAUGUUCCAUAUUUAGGAUUCUCUG